AAGCAUAAAUGCAGAAACCAUCACUUACAGUGUGGACCAAUGACAACGAGUCGCACGACGACUUUUUCCAAUAUGCCAAGGUGGACGUGCGAGCUCCCGAUACGGUUGCUGAUGCGGGCAGGUCCCGCAGUCACACCUUCAAAAGCACUCUUCCAGAUGAUAUUUCAAGUGUUGGAAGUAUCCCACCAGUAGCUCCAACAUCUCCCAUUUCCAACGACUCACAAAACCCUAACUCGCCGGCGUUCAAACGAUACCGGGUGGCAGCGGCCAUUUUCUUUGGAAUAUCCAUCACCUCGGCUCUUGUUAUCAUUGCUCUCCAAGCAUAUAUGUACGCCGUGAUUAAUAUCCACAAAGAACUCAUCCCAUCCGAGUCCAAAUUCGAAGAGGUACUGAUCUACUUGGCCCUCUUCAUUUUCGCCGCUGUUUUCCAGGUGCUCAUCUCGGCCAUUGGUCUUCGCAGCCAAAAUAUGUUACUCUUGGGAUUCUUGUGUGUGUUCUACGGGUGUAUGUUGAUUUAUACGGGGAUCCAGUACGAAGAAGUGCACAAGCUUGUGGGUGCCAUUUUGGUGAACGGGUGGAAACGGGCCACGCGGGCCACCAAUAUCGCUACUAUCUGUAUAAUUGCAGCCACUAUGGUGUCGCAAGUGGUGUUGAUUGUGUACUACUUGAAGCGUCACGUCAGUUGGUUUCGAUACAAGUCAAUCGGAGCAGACCUUUUGAUCCGAAGAAUGUACCUCACGUUCCAGGUUCACCGGUCGCUUUUGGUGUUUGGGUUCUUUUUCUUUUUGGCUUUUACCAUCCAGUUCAUCAUCAUCAUGGUGCGUGACAAGACUUCGGUAGAGUUCAUUUUGACGGUGAUCGUGAUCCCCUUGACGAUCGUGUUGUUGGUGUUGAGUGACUUGGGGGUUGGAAGAGAGAAUCUAUGGCUCACAGGAGGUUGUUUAAUGGUGUACCUAGGGGGAAUUGCGUAUGUGCUUUUCAAGAUGAUCCGGUUAUUCACCAAGUACACAUCUGCGUAUAACGUGGCGGUAGUGCCGGGAGCCUACUUUCCCGGACGGAGUUCGUUGAUCACGUUUGGAGUCAUAACUUUGGUGUUUUUGGUGUUGAUAGUAGUGGCUGAGGUUGUGUUGAUGUGUGAAGAAGGAAAAGCAUGAGGAGGAGAAGGAUGACGCUAUGAGCAUCGAUUAAUGAGAGUAGGUUAGAGAGGGGAUUGGGUGAUGACUCGGACCACACUUGUCCAGGCUCGGGAUUGUAUAGCCUUAAUGAGAAUAUGACACGAA